AUGGCUCAACUUUCAAAAAGUCAGCUUCAAGCUAUCAAAGCUAAUCCCAUCAGGGAUGAACUCGAUUCGUUUCGCGAUACGUUGAAGUCGACAUUUCCCGACGCAAAUGCUCAAGGAAGUCCGCUCUCUUUCGAGGGCCUCGCUGCCAAUUCAGUUGGAAGAAGUCUAUCUCUCAGACUCAUAGGUAUCCUACAGCUGCUUCCAGCUGCCUCUGCGUUAUCUUUCGAACACGGCGGAAGCCCUCUCAGUGCGGACAUUGCGUUAUUGUAUGCCCGUCUCUCAUCGAAUCAAACGGAUUUCAGGCACACUACGCAGCUCGCGAAGGACGUCAACGACCGCGCAGAAGACCCCAUAAUAUGGAGUGCCGUGCUCGACCUCAUCGCGCGGACGAGACCUACCCUCCAUCCGACAACCCCUCCUCAAUCCGCCGCCUCCUUCGCCGCGUCAUUCCAACAGACACCUUGGUCCUUCAACACGGGCAGUUUCGCGGACACAUCUGACCUGAGGAAGGACGUCGAUCCAAUCCUGAAGGGCGAACUGGAGGGGAAUCUCAUCGUCGACCACCCUCACUUCUUCGACACAUUCUUCGGCGGAGUCCCACAGCUCAGUGAGAUGGCCGCAGCUGUGUUUGAGCGAUGCAAGGAAGCGGAAACACCUCUACACACGGACGACACUGGAUGGGCGGAGUGGCCGGAGGAUUGUGCGGAGCCCGAUGUGCUGCACUGGCUCCGUCACCACAUCGACCAAUUUCUCCAGUUUGCGAACGAACAAGGCUUCCAACCUCCGGCGCGUCGGCGGUGCUUUGCCACACCGAACAAGCCUAUCCCCGGAUCUGUCAGCAAACGGAAGCUGGACAUUGGCAUCAUCUAUGGCCGGCGGAACGAGACGUCCGACGAUGGUGCUCCCUGCGACUGGUUCGACGUCCUCGUCCCAGGCGAGCUGAAGGGCAACCCGCGAGAGGAUAACCACAGCAGCACCUGGUUCGAUCUGUCUCGAUAUGCUCGCGAGAUCUUUGCCGCGCAAGACACCCGACGAUCGGUUACUGGCUUCACACUCUGCGGUUCUAUCAUGCGGCUCUGGGCAUUCGACCGACUCGGAGCGGUCGCAUCGCAGUCAUUCGACAUACAUGAGAAUGCGCUGAUGUUUAUAUCCGCAGUCUUGGGAUAUCUGUGGAUGGCUCCAAAGGACCUCGGGUUCGACCCUACCAUCUGCGGGGAAAAGGGCAGCAAGUACAUCGAAAUCACGCGGAAUGCACAACCGGAGCGAUAUCAUCUAGAUGAUGUCAUAAAGCGGCAGCGUUGUGUGGCAGGUCGAGCGACGAGCUGUUGGGAAGUCCACAAUGCAGCCGGCCAGCCUUUUGUCGUCAAAGACUCCUGGGAAUUUGAAGAGCGGCCGGAGGAGGGGCCUCUGCUCAAGAAGGUGACGGAUGCAGGCGUGAAAAAUGUGGCAGAGUAUCACUAUCACGAAAUCGUUCACGAUGAGGGUGCUGUUGUUGAUGUCCGCAACAAUUUGCGCAAAGGGCUCGGAGACGGGGACGGGAGGUAUCCACUACGAGGACACCCAAACUCCCAACUACUCGCAGAAUUCCCCAAGCCCGAAGCUCCGGCAUCAGAGAGGCUUAUGAGCGGUCGAGGCAGAAGCAACAGCAUCACGCGAAAGAGGCGCUCCAACUCUCGUCAUCAGUCCAUGCGACCUCCAAAACGGUCAUGUUCAGAUUCUCCUACCAAAGGGAAUAGCUCGCGGCGAAACCGAGUUCAUCGUCGGCUAAUAAUGGGACGUGUUGGGAAGAGUAUAUACGAUGCGAGCUCGCUGGUAGCCAUGAUAACCGGGAUCUUGGGGGGGAUAAAAGGACAUGAAUCAUUGCUGGAAAGAAACGUCCUCCAUCGCGAUAUAUCGGUCGGAAACAUCAUGCUUGAGAAGGACGAAGACGACGGUUUCCUGAUCGACCUCGACCUUGCCAUCGAAAUGGACCGCAAAGAGGCAUCGGGCGCGCCGAGCAAGACCGGCACCAAGGUGUUCAUGGCGAUUGGUGCACUUUACGGCGAACACCACAAUUUCAUGCACGAUUUGGAGUCGUUCUUCUGGGUGCUGUUCUGGCUUUGCGUACACUGGAACGGGCCUGACCAGAAGAGGAGCAGAACGGAAUAUGAGUCUUGGAACUACAAGGACACAGAGGAACUUGCAAUGAUAAAGAAGGGCACGGUGGAUGAACAGGACAAGUUUGAUAAGAAGGUGGACGAUAAUUUUACCGCCUACUGUAAGCCGUUGAUCCCUUGCAUAAAAGAACUACGCGAGGUCGUCUUCCCAGGUGGGAAGCGGUGGCGGGGGGAGGACCAAGGGCUGUAUGUUCGGAUGAAGGCAAUACUCGAGAAGGCAAGGGAAAACCUAGUUCUAGUUGUAGCGUAA